GAAUGGCGGAUGGUUCUUCAAAAGAUUGCAUUGAGGAGCUUAGGGAAGUGAUUAGAGAUAGCUUACCUAGGAAAAGCCUAUUGCCUAACAAAAAUGUUGAAGAAAAGGAACAGAUUAGAGACAGCUUAGCUAGGCAAAGCCUAUUGCCUAACGUAAAUGUUGAAGAAAAGAGAUGCUUCGGUGGAAGAGUUUCGGACUCGGCUUCAGAUAUCCCGUCGACAAGCUCAAGCCAAUCUUCGACUGUUCGAUCCGACAACUUUACUUUCAUGGAUUCAUCUAUCUCAUUAGCAGCUCUAGAGAAGAAGGCAGAAGGCCCGAGUUUGAUUGCAAAGCUUAUGGGACUAGAUGAGAUGCCUUCAAAACCAUUGCAGACAUAUUCCAGGAAAGAGAUGAAGAGAUGCUUUAAAGGAGUAUUGAAAAACAACUUCGUCAAAGAGAUCAAGUAUGAUUCUCAUCAAUGGAGUGACUUUGUUACGGAACAGAAGUUGAUCAACAAUAGCCCCCCGAUUGUACUCAUAAAACCUCGACUCGAUCUGUGCCUGCAACCACACGAGAACUUAUCUAGGUCUAAAGAUGAAGCCAAGGCUACCCUUCCAAAGUCUAGUAAGCUUGAUAAUGGAUCAAAUGUUACAAAAAAUAAAAUGCCUUAUCAGCGAAUCUCUACUGCAAACUCCAACUCUAAUCACAGACAGCAAACUAUAGUUGGUGCUACCGAUGAUCAGCAAAAGAUUCAGAUGAAAAAGGAGAAAAUAGUUCACAAUGCUGCAACAACUGCUAACUUAAUUAUUGAGAAAUUAGAAUACAAAAGAGAUGGUAUUGUUUCAGAUGGGAAGAGGAUUGAUGUUAUAUCCAGAAACAAUACGGUUUUGGAAGGAAAAAUCGUCAAUCUUGCAUCGGAUAAUGAUGAUGAUGUUUUGGAAGAAUAUAGCACUGAAACUGCGGAUCAGCUUCAAACAAAGGAGGGAACAGAACACACUGAUAUUGUAAUUGAAGGUUACCCUGGUAAGAGUUCUGUUUGUGAUGUUACCCUGGUGACUACUGAUGAUCAAAACAACCGAAAAUCUACAGGAGACAUCGAUGAUGACCCCAUCUUAUCAAUUGGAGCCGACAGCAAAAGCUUCAUGAGAGGGACCGGACGGAAAGCUUUGCUAUUGAGUAGCUAUAGCGAGCUUUCCGGUGAAAACUAUUGUAGCGGUAGUCUUUACUUGAUGGUGGAAAGAGAUAUAAAGCAGAAAGAAGUUUUAAGUGGAGUAUGGGACUUGGGUUGGAGAAACGGAUUUUCUGUGAAGGACAGGAUGCAAGUGGUGGACGAUAUAGAGAAGCAAGUGUUAAGCGGAUUGAUUGAGGAGAUUUGUGGCUAAGUUGUUCAAAGUGGUCAGUGACGCAGCAUCGUAAAUAAGCUUACUUUGAUGUACAUAAGGAGGCAGAGGCGGAUGCAGGAAGCGUUGGCCGUGUCUCGGAUUCAAAAUCCUCACUAAAGCUUGGU